AUUUCCAAUUUAUAUGUCUUAUCUCUUCUAUUUAACAUGUUAAUACUUUAGUGAUAAGAUGUAAACAAUUGUGUGUUCUACAAUUUACUUUCGUCGCGAUGGCUGUCGUUAGAGCGCUAUUUUCUGGUAUUUUGAAAAACCAAAAGUGUAUUUUGAAGUUGGAUUACUCAACAAAGUCGCCGGGAUUACUGAAUGAUGUAAAUGUAUUAGAUUUGACGCGUGUAGUUGCUGGACCUGUGUGUACUAUGACUAUGGGGGACUUAGGAGCAAAUGUUAUCAAGGUAGAGAGUUUGGAUGGAGAUGAAGCAAGGAGAUGGGGUCCCCCCUUUAUAAAUGGAAACAAGGAUUCAUUUUACUUCUUGUCUGUUAAUAGAAAUAAGAAGAGUAUUUGUAUUGACUUCAAAUUACCGGAAGGUAAGAAGAUCAUAUAUGAUUUGGCACGUAAAUGUGAUGUUUUGGUGGAGAACUUUUUGCCCGGGAAGCUCGACAAGAUGGAUAUUGGCUAUGAAAAGCUCAAGACUAUCAAUCCACAGCUUAUCUAUUGCUCUAUAACGGGUUUUGGCCAAAAAGGACCGUAUGCUAAAAAGCCUGGCUACGACGUAAUAGCAUCGGCAAUGGGCGGCCUUCUGAACACAACCGGAGAGAGAAAUGGAAACCCCGUGAAGCCGGGUGUGGCCAUCACAGACAUCACAACAGGUCUCCACGCCUUCGGAGCCAUAAUGGCCGCGUUAUACUACAGAAUAAACACAGGCAAAGGACAAAGAGUCGACUGCAACUUGCUUUCUACUCAGAUAUCUAGCAUGAUCAAUAUCGCCACAAUUUAUUUGAACUGUGGCAUCGAAGGACAAAAAUGGGGCACGGCUCACGCGAAUUUAGUCCCGUAUCAGGCGUUUAAAACAAAAGACGGGGAAAUGGUCAUUGGUACAGGCUCGAACGCACAAUUUGUUGAUUUCUGCAAGUUAAUAGGUAAACAAGAAUUAAUCGAAGAUGAACGAUUUAAAGACAAUUCGCUCAGAGUACAGAACCGUGAAGAAAUUAUAGAAAUAGUUAGUGAAGUUAUCAAGACUAAGGGUAACAAAGAAUGGGGGGAGAUAUUCAAGAAUGCGACAUUCCCAAAUGGUCCUGUGAACAAAAUGAAGGAUGUUUUCGAGGACGAGCAUGUUAAAGCUAUAGGAUUGGUUCAGGAGUUGGAGCACCCUGAUGCUGGGAGGAUCAAGGUGGUCAGGCCUCCAACGCAGUACAGCGAGGGCGGGAAUUUAGCCAGGAUUCCGCCGCCGACGCUUGGGCAACAUACGGAGGAAAUACUGACGGAGUAUUUAGAAUAUGACAAGGAAAUAAUCAAUGAUUUGUACAAUAAAAAGGUUAUCAGGUGAUUGAGUGUAAUAAAGUAUGCAAUUAUAA